AUGAGCAACAACUUACCCCAGGCAUCCAAGGGAAAUGACAGCAAGAGGUUCAAAAUGGAUAGCAGGAGAACUGAGGGCCCAUCAAGAGUGAUCCACAUCCACAGGCUGCCAGGCAGUGUCACUGAAAGUGAAGUUCUCUCUCUGGCGCUGCCGUUCGGGAAGGUGUCCAACCUACUGUUCCUAAAGGGGAAGAACCAGGCCUUCAUGGAGAUGAACACAGAGGAGGCCUCCAACACCAUGGUCAACUACUACACCUGGGUGACUCCUAUGCUACGUGGGCAGCCUGUCCACGUCCAGUUCUCCCGCUACAAAGAGCUCAAGGUGAGCAGAUCCCGAAGCCAGUUGGGUGGCCCUGGCCAAGCAGGUGUCUCUGGCCAGGUGGAAGUCCCUGGCCAGGUGGACGCUUCUAUCCAGGCAGAUGCCUCCAGCCAGUUGAACGACCCCAGCCAGGUGGUUGCCCAUCCAUGCCAGGCGAGUACCUCCAGGCAGGUGGGUGCACAGCCAGCCCUGUCAGCUUCUGAGACCUCAGACGGAGCAGGAAAUGUGGCCUCCGCCACCCCUGCUGCUGCUGCUGCAGUGGACACAGAGAUGGUGGUGGCCAGGCACAGCCCUGUGCUCAGGAUCCUUGUGGAGAAUUACUUCUAUCACGUGACGUUGGAAGUGCUGCACCAGCUCUUCUCCAGGUUUGGCACGGUACUGAAAAUCAUCAUAUACACUAAGAACAGCCGGUUCCAGGUGCUGUUACAGUAUGCUCACCCGCUGAGUGCCCAGCGUGCCAAGCUGUUCUUGGAUGGGCAGAACAUCUACGACGCGUGCUGCACACUGCGCAUUGCCUUCUCUGGGCUCACUGACCUCACAGUCAAGUACAACAACGACAAGAGCCGUGACUACACGCGCCCAGACCUGCCCUCGGGUGACAGCCAGCCCUUGCCAGCCCAGAACACGACCACAGCCUUCGGUGCACCUGUUGUGAUCUCAGCUUCUCCAUAUGCAAGCCCUGGAGUACCUCAUCACUUUGCAAUUCCUCAAGCCACAGGCCUUGCACUCCCAGGGGUUUGUAGGGCCCUGGCCCCCCUGACUGUACCCGAAGCAGCCGUGGCAGUGGCCACAGCUGGAGCAGAGAGGUCAGUCGUCACCUCAGGCUCCCCAAGUGUGGCGAAUGCCGUUCUUCUGGUUGCCAACCUCAACCCUGAGAAAGUCACACCCCAAAGCCUCUUUAUCCUGUUUGGUGCCUACGGCAAUGUGCAGCGGGUGAAGAUCUUGUACAAUAGGAAGGAGAACGCGCUAGUGCAGAUGGCAGAUGGGAGCCAGGCUGAGCUGGCCUUGAAGCACCUGAAUGGGCACAAGCUGCACGGCAAGUCUCUGUGCAUCAUGCCAUCGAAGCACCAGAGCGUGAAGCUGCCCCGGGAGGGCAAGGAGGACCAAGGCCUCACCAAAGACUACGUCAACUCGCCACUGCACCGCUUUAAGAAGCCCGGAUCCAAGAACUUCCAGAACAUCUUUCCGCCCUCUGCCACCCUGCACCUCUCCAACCUCCCCACCUCGGUCUUGGAGGAAGGCCUCAAGAGACUCUUCUCCAGCAACGGGCGUUCUGUCAAGGCUUUCAAGUUCUUCCCAAAGGACCGCAAGAUGGCGCUGAUCCGGAUGGGGUCUGUAGAGGAGGCCAUACAGGCCCUGGUCGACCUGCAUGGUCAUGCACUGGUCCCCAACCAACACCUGCGAGUCUCCUUCUCCAGGAUCACCAUCUAG